UCCCCGCUGACAGACGCCGUCGCGUCCGCUGCCAGCCCCGCGGGGAGUCCGCAUCAGCCAUGAGCGUGGCCAGCAGCAAGGAGCUGGAGGCGAAGAGCGUGAAGGAGGAGGAGGAGGGCGAGUGGAGAGGAGGCGGCGGUGGUGGUGGCGGUGUGGGGAGGCGGCAGAGAGAGAAGUCGAGGCGACGGUUCGCCGCCAUCGCGGCCCUCUGCGCACUCCUCCUGCUCAUCGUGACCGCGCUCGUUCUCGUGCUGCUGCUGCUCCCUGAUAAACCACGGUUCGAUUCAGGCGGAGACAUGCUGGACUACUUGGUCGAGCGGGGUGUUCUGCAGACACGCGAUGGCCUCCACGUGGGAUGGGCACACGCUGCCAACAACAAAGAGGAAAUGAACGCUGCGCUCAGCAACAGAGAGGUGAUGGUGCUGGAGGCAGACGUGAACAUUGAAGGAUUGGGCACGGCCAGUGAGACCGGGCGACCCAUCAUGGCGCAUCCACCCGACGUCACGAGCGACAACAGCCUCUCCGACUGGCUCUCCGCCGUGCUGAAGAGCAAUAAGGGAAUCAAACUGGACUUUAAGAGCCUCAAGGCGUUGGGGCCUUCGUUGGACAUCCUGCUCGAGCGGGUCGCUCGGGCGCCCCUUGACCGCCCGAUCUGGCUCAACGCAGAUAUCAUCCGGGGGCCCAACGUCCCGGCAUUCGUCGAUCCCAUCGACGCCACGGGGUUUCUGUCACUGAUCACGAAACGCUUCCCCAACGUGACGCUGUCGCCCGGCUGGCUGGUGGCGUUCGUUCCGGCGCUGGGCCUGAACGCGACGUACACGGCGGCGAUGGUGCGCGACAUGCACGGGCUGGUGGCGGCGCUGCCCCAGCGCGUCACGUUCCCCGUGCGGGCCCCGCUGCUGCGUCGCGCCUGGACGCACUUCCGCUGGCUGCUCGACCAGAGCGACAGGUUCUCGCUCACGCUCUGGCAGGGCAAGUCGGAUGUCAUUGCGCUGGAAGACAUGCUGUUUGUUCGUGACGGCACUGACCCCAACGAGGUCUACUAUGACAUCUACGAUCCGCUGCUCUCCGAACUGCGCGACGCUGACAAGAACGCUGAACGGCCCAAGCUGUUCCACACGGCGGUGAGUCUACUGCGCUAUUUUGGCACGCGCGAUGGACUGGAUGUCCUGUGGCACCAGGAGCCCAGCUCUCUGGGUCGUGGCCCGGGUGGCAUGCUGGUGCUGAACGUGCUGCUGGGCCCUGGCGAUGCCGGCGGCGACCGUGCCACGGCCGUGCCCCGGGUUGUGUUUGGCAACGCCAACAGCAACGCAGAUUCGGCAGCAGCUCCGAUAACCCUGAGCGGCUACCUGGACUACAUUGACACUUUGGCUGCCGGCUCUCAAAAAACUGCCCUCUUCCUGCGGAUCCUGAGCCGCGACGCCCUGCGUCCCACGCUUCAGGUGCUGCGCGACCGCGCUCGCCCGCUCGCCCGCCCCGUCUGGCUCUCGGCUACCGUCGCUCCCGGCGGCGGCGGCGGUGGUGCCGCCGGCGUUCUCGGCGCCACCGAGCUGCUGAGCGCCGUCGCGGAAAUUUUUCCCGACGUGACUCUCGCGCCGGCCUGGCCCGAGGCGGACGUGGCGGCGACUUCGGCGGUCGUCGGCGGUGGCGGACAGCGAUACGGCGAGGCGUCGCUUGCGGCUAUGCGGGACGCGUUUGCCGACGUCACGCAGCCGGUGUCCUAUCAGCUGGAUGCGGCGGGGGGGGAGCUGGCCCGCGGCGGUUACCGCCUGGCGAGGUCGUUGCUGCUGGAUGGCACGCCGACCCGCUCGGUCACGAUCAGCGUGCCGAGCUACGAGGAAGCGUUCGAGGUCCUCACCAAGGUCCGCAAUCAUUUUCCGGCCAGCGCCGUGUUUUACAACGUGUCGCCGGACACGCAUAACAAAUUUGCGAUCAGUGUCUUCUCGUCGUAGGAUUAAAAGGCGGAGGGUUGUGCGCAUGUCGGCUACUGUUUUGCACCAAACUUGCUAUGCAUUGCUGUAGAUGCUGUAGAGCAUUAUGGGUAAGGGCACUUAUGAGGAGAUGUAAGUUCCGUGUCUCCACAUAUUAAAAUAUUUUUGAGUGCCAUUCGCUUAUCUUACACCGAGCAUUACGCUGUCAAGAAAGGAACCGCCACUGAUACCUAAUUUCUACCUUUGCAUGGGGCUGCCAAAGACCUGCAUUCAUUGCAAGGACAAAAUGUUUAUUUUUUUAUCGGAUGUAACAAAUCGAUGGUCUUGUCUGUCACCAAUGAAUGGGCCAAUGAAUGCAGGCUAAAUAAAAACCAACGUAUCAAUUCGGUUUUGCACUUGAUUUGGCCAAAUUUCAGGUCUGAGAAUUAACAAUAAUAAUAAUACAGGUCUGACAGUUGGGCAACACAAUCUCAUAGCAGAGUUCGUGGGGAAUGUGUGCCCCCUAGCGUCUGAAGGGUAAACAAUCCCCCUUCUCCAGAGAAGUCCUGUGACAGAUGUCUUCCAUGGACCGUUGUGAUACUGCUAUGAGAUUUCUUUAUAUAAACAGUAGGAGGAUGCUCGAUCUGUGUCCAGCCUUUGAACUGCAGUAUUCUCUGGAUUAUAGGGUGCACUUUUUCCCCUCUGUUUUACAACACAAGUUGGUUGAUGCAUCUUAUAAUCCAGUAGGUGUGUGCGUGUGUGCACGAGAGAACAGAUUUGCAUAACACUACUGAUAUCAUCGGGUAAAAGUUUACUUUCCGGAGCGUCUUAUAAUCCAGAUCAUACGGUAGAAAUUCCCAACGUGCCGUCUUGGUCGUCGGUGCUGUCACACAGCAUCAUGCAAAUGUUAUUGAAAGUAAAAAAGGAAAACUUUUAGUAAACUUGCAACAAUUACAACUGUCUAUUGGUUUAUAAAAUGUAAAAAUACCCGGUGGGCGAUUUUGUAAAAAAAAACUAUAGGUUUGCAGGAUAAAAUGUUUAUUUGGAUGUACUUUUUGCACUUUUAUAUUGGCAAAAGUAUUUCUAAACAUUUUGUAAACGUUUAAAAGCUGUAUCCGAAUACAGUGCACUGUUAAUUUGGACGUUAUUUCUUUUACUGAUGUAGUUCAUGUAUUGCAUAUUGUAUUGGUAUUAACAUGAAUAAAAUCUGCAUGUGAUAUGUAACAGACAAA